GAUCGAACUUUUGGCCAGCGCAACAAUCCGCCGAAGAUAGCAAACCAUCCCCCCCCCCCCCCAAAAAAAAAAGAAGCAGAGAACAAAAAAGAAGAAUAAGAAAAUAAGGGAGAAAAGCGCCCAGAACAACGGAAAGAGACGAAUCAGAACAAAACUAUGCAUGCCAAAACGAAACCCUCGAUCGUCUUCCUCCACGGCUCCGGCACCAACCCGGACAUCUUCCGCAUGCAGACCCGCAAGCUCGCCGCCCUCCUGCAGCACCACUUCACCCUUCACUACCUGGCGGCGCCCCUGCCACGCGGGCCCGGCCCGGGCGUGCUGCCCUUCUUCGAGGGCUGCGGACCAUACCUGACGUGGAUGGACGACUCGUCCGCCGAGGCGGAGAAGGAGUACUGGGAUGGCAGCCCGCUCUUUGAGCGGCUUCUGGAGCAGAUCAAGCGGCUGUCCGGGCCGGAAGGCGGCAGCGCCGGCGCCGGGCCCGUCGUCGCGCUGGUGGGGUUCUCCAUGGGCGGCAAGGUGGCGAUGGAGCUGACGCGCCGGCUGGAGGGGGAGGGGGACCGCAGAAUCAAGAUGGUGAUUCCCGUCUGCGGGACGGUGCCGCUGCAGGGCGGGUUCGAUGAGGGCGGCGCCCGGAACGAGACCAAGGAGAAGGGGUACCGAGAGAUCCUGGGCCGGGGCCCGGUCAAGGCCAAGAGCAUACACCUCAUCGGCGAGGACGACCCGUGGCGGCCGGAGAGCGAGGUCUUGGUGGACUUCUUUGACGAGACGGGGAGGAGCGUGAUCCGGUUCAAGGGGGCCCACCACAUGCCGCUGGAUGACGCCCUAAACAGACAGGUCGCUAGGAUGAUCUUGGCGGCGUGCAAGGAUGGAUGAGGGCCGUGAGCGGCAGGAAAUCUCAUACCAUGGAAAAAUGGCAAUGUAAGGGGGGGAAUAGAACUAGGUGGUAGUGCUUCGACAGGCGCAGAAACGUCUAUUAUCUAGUUAGGUUUAAUUUGCGUCAUUGCCAACUCAAACCCAGACACGACGCGUAGAGGAAAGGUGCAAUACCCUUGCCUUUCGAGUCUCCAUUAUCAAGUUUGUUUCUCACGGUGGGCGACUUGUGA